AUGUUCAAAGGAGAAAAUCAAGAAUUUAAAAGGCAGUUAGAAGAAAUUAACCAAAAUUCUGAUGAUUUUUUUCUCUCUUUUGGUGAUUUAGAACUAGUAGAAAUAAAUGACAGCAGAAGAAAAUGUCGCAUAAUUUCAGAUGAAUUAAGUAGUGAAUUACAGAAAAUAAUUGUCUCUGCCAAAAAUCAAGCCAUUGAAGCCGAAAAAGAAAGUAAUAAAAAAGCCGCUGAAGAAGCCGCCAAACAAGAAUGCUUAAAAAAAGAACAGCAAAAAAAGCAAAAAGAUAAAGAAGAACAAGUCAAAAAAGAAGCCGAACAAAAAAAAGACAAAAAAACCGAACAAGAAGUAAAAGAAAAUUUGAAUCAAUUUCAAAAUCCUGAGGCUACUCCUCGAGAAAAAGAAGAGGCUUUAAAUAAUUUAGAAAAAAACGAGGGCGAAAGUGCUUACGAAGAAAGUAAAGAGACCAUUAACCAAGCCAAAACCGAGCAAGCCACUCAAAACCCUACUGAAUAUAGUCAAAAUGCGGCUAAUAAAAUCACUGAAAAAAUGAAAGAAGAGGGAAUUAGUGAAGCAGACUUAAGUGGUGAAAAUAACAAUAAUAAAACUAAAACUCUCCUCACCAGUUUAAAAAAUGGAGAGAUUAAAGAUCCCACUAAAAUAGUAGCAGCCGAAACUGAAAUCCGGCAAAAAAUAAAAAAAGAGAAUAUUACUAAAAUUAAACAAAAACUAAUUGAGUUCUUGGCUAAAAGUAAUGUUUACUACUCAUCCCAACACCAAAAAGUCCAAGCCCUACUAAAUAAGUUAGAAAGUUAUUCUAAUCAAAAUGAUCAGGGCAAUAAUACUUCCUCUCCUGCUGCUAUGCCUUGGGGAGUUAUUGAGUUAAGCCAAGAAGUAGAUAAAGAGGAGCAAAAUUUUCUUUUGGUAGAAAUUAAAAAUCUCGAAGAAAAAAAAACUGAAUUAAUUAAUAAAAUUAAAGAACAGAUAAUCGGAGAAGAAGAAAACACUCAAAAUGUUUUAAUGGAAAUCCGUCCAGGUCCAGGAGGGGAUGAGGCCGGUUUAUUUGUGAACGAUUUAUAUCGGGAAGGAGUUUUCAAGUAUUUAAAAAAUGAAGCCGGGGUACACCGUGUCCAAAGAGUUCCAGUCACUGCAAAAGGAGGAGAAAGACAUACUUCUACUGCCACGGUGGUAGUUUUACCAGAACCCCAAGAUAUAGUGCUCAAUAUUCAGGAAUCGGAUUUGAAAUAUGAAACUUGUCGUGCUAGCGGAGCUGGUGGUCAGCACGUUAAUACUACUGACUCGGCAGUGAAAGUAACUUAUAAUUAUUCUGCUAAUGGCAAAACUGAAAUUAUUACGGCAACUUCUCAAGACGGCCGAAGUCAACAUGACAAUAAAAGAAAGGCUUUAGCAGUUCUGAAAAGUCGCAAUUUGCGUUCUUCUAUGAUUGGCACCGCCGAGCGCUCAGAAAACUUUCGCACUUAUAACUUUCCGGACGACCGAAUAACUGACAAGCGUCUAAAAAUAAAAUUACACCAUCUUGAUAGUAUUAUGGAAGGGGGUUUAGAGGAAAUCUGCCAAAAAUCAAUUGACUAUGAA